AUGGCAGCCUCCGAGAUCCGUCGUAUAGCGCUCUCGGAUCCCCACUCACUCUCACCUCCUCGUUUCGUAGUGGGAGGCCAAGUAUCGCAGAAUGUUUCGGGAGAUCUCAAAAUGUACGAAUGGAGAAGGGAGAAGGGAGAGAUGGGGAUGGUAGGAUUGCAAACUGAUGUUGGCCAGAUACGGUCAAUGGCAUGGUCACCUCUACCUACACAUCGAAACAUCUUAGCAACAGGAUUGUCAACUGGUCGAACUUUACUUUUAUCGUUAUCGCCUUCAACAUUAUCAUUCCCCUCGUCGUCCUCACCAAGUGCUCAAACUUCCACAAUCGCAACGUUGAAUGUAAAAUACUCAAGACCAGUGACAUCAGUUGCGUUCUCAUCAUUAGAUCCUAAUUAUCUUGCUACUGGGUAUGAGAAACAUAGAUCUGAAUAUUCAUUAUUGAUCUGGGAUAUAGCAGACGCUAUUUCAUCUGCAUCUUCAAAUUCACAAUUACCUUUGGAUGGUGAUAAAUCAUGGGAAAGACCUUUGAGUGAUGAUACCAAAUUAGAAGUUACGAAUCUAACUGCUAAAAUAAAUGUUACAUCUGAACCUAGACACAUCCAACAUUAUUGUCCAUCUGAGAACGUAAACUCACUCUCAUUCUUACCUAGAACAACAAAUCAAUUAUUGGCUUCGGUCAGUAAUAAGACUAUUAGACUGUACGAUUUAAGAGUGCCUUCUGGUUCAGCGCACGGAACACAUUCACCUAGAGACAAUCAAACUCCUUCUUCAAUAGCUGGAUCUUCGAUUCAAUGGCAAACUAGAGCUGUUUAUGGUUUAACACCCAAUGAAGAGAAGGAAGGUCUGUUUGCGAGUUACGAGGUCAUACCCGGAGGUGGCCAACUUCAUUCAGUCGUAAGAUUAUGGGACGUAAGGAAACCAAGUCAAGAGGUAUUGAAUUUUGACCUUCCAGGUGGUGUUAUAGGACUAGAAUGGAUGAAAGAUAGACCAGAAAUAUUGGGUGUUGGGACGAGAGAUAAAGGAGUUGGACUGUGGGAGAUAAUCGAAGGCAAAAAAGUCGAAAAUGACAAAAUAGUAGAAGAAUGGGUCACACUGGGUGGCAUGAGGCAAAUCGUCACGCCUAGACAGAAUUUGCACUCAUUCACCUUCGCACCGUCAGAUAAAGGUCAAGGUGAUGUAAUGUUCGUUCUGAAAGACGGUACUGUGGGUAUAGGACCAAUAAGUACCGCCCCUGUACUCGCGGGAGGUCCUCAAGGGGAUGUAGCCAUUUGUACACCGUUGUUGCGAAUACUCGAUCCAGAUGACAUUCCUGAACCAUCAACUGAAGUUUCCAUAUCGCCUACAACAGCUUUACCCACACCACGACCUGAACUCGAAGAACCAGAACCUAUACAUAGAGCGAACCGAUUCCAACUUGCUCCCGAAAGAAUCACGCAACUGAUAGCAGAGAGAUCACGCUCAGCUUCUCCAGUCCCAAUACAUCUUCAAGGUACGGGUACACCCGCAAGUGAAAAGACUCCUUUUGGUAGUAUAUCCGGUCUGAGGGAAUGGUAUGAUGGACCGAAGAAAAGAGAAUUGGUGGAUGUUAACGAACAUCUAAUCGGAGGAUGGGAAGGUUGGAGAAGGACUCUGGGAAGUGAUGUUGGUGCUGUAAUGCGAAGAAGGGCAUUAGAAGGAUAUGGAUUAGACGAUCUUCUGCUCAACGCAGCCAUUGCUACGAGGCAUCCCGGUAAAGAACGCCUAGCAGGUAUAUGGGAAUUCGUAGAUCACCUUACACACGUCAUGGCUCCUUCUUUAUCUACCUUUAGAGGAUACAAUCUGACGCAUCACGGUGUCUAUCCAAUCUGGUUUGGAGUUCAUAAUGAUCACCACCCAUCAUCCCCUUCUUCUAUCUAUUCCGCAGCCACUUUAACAGAUCCACCACAUCCUCCCCCACUAAGGCAGAGCUCGGCCUCAGCAGCAUGGACCUCGUUAAAAUCACAGUCCUCGACAUCCAUCCCUCAUUCAAGGCAGAAUUCCUCGCCUUUACCUGGUGGUGGCACUACGACGCCACGCGAACGAAAGAUAUCUGACAGAAGAGGAGAACAGGAGAUCGACAGAGAGUACAUUAGCUCGGUGGAAGCGCUCAACGAGAGAAGAAGGGAUAUAGGUGGAGUAGGUAGACCAGGAACAGUUAGAGCUGCUGUAGGUGGAGACAAGAUGGAGAUGAGGAGAUUGAUUUUGAGCGUUUGUGGUGAGAACGGUGAACACGCCAAAGAAGAACUGGAUAGACUGGUCGGAAGUGGACAAAGAACGAAAGCCGCAUUCCGAGCUUACUUCGCUGGCGAUGAAGCUGCAACUGUAACAAUAUUGAUGGCUAGUGAAGACCAACAUCAUCGACUAUUAGGCUCAACCAUAGCUGGAUUCAUGACUCAAUCAGCGUCGGCUAGAGGAUCUGAAUUCUUCAAUUCACAUUGGCAAGGUCUGGUCAAUCGUGUUGAUGAUCCUUUCGUCAGAGCAAUACUGAGUAGAAUAGGAGGUGACGAUUGGGAGUCAGUUUUGGAAGAGGAAGGUAUACCGUUACUGGAUAGAAUAGGGGUAGGAGUGCAGUAUCUGGAUGAUAGAGAAUUCUCUACGUUUCUUCGAGGUCGAUUAUCACGGUUGACAAGAUCGUCUUCUCUCCAUCUUCUCGGCUUGACGGGUUUGUCCGGACCUGGUUUAUCGUUAUUGUCAAGAUAUUUAGCUCGAACAGGUGACAUCCAAACAGUCGCGAUUCUAUCUGCGUUAUUCCCAUCUCACAAAUUAAAUAAAAGUGAGAAACAUACUAUCGAAAGGUGGAGAGAAGGAUAUAGGGAUAUGUUAGAUUCAUGGGGUAUGUGGGGCGAAAGAUGUGAACUCGAUAUUAGAUGGGGAGAUUUGCAGCGAUCUUUAUCGAGAGAAGAAGGCGGAAAAGGCUUGAUAGGAAGUGUAGGCGAAAGAUGCCCUGUCUGUAACAACCUUCUUUCUAAAGAGACUGAAAGUAGAUUACAUCGUAAACAUGCUAUCAGGGGUAAUGUUAAUGUUGGAUGGCCAAGUGAGAGGACCACAACUUGCAUGUAUUGCUCUUCGGCUUUACCAAGAUGUGUAAUUUGUUUGACUCAUGUCGAUCCACAAAGACCACCACCUCUGACAGGGAAUGGGGAAGAUGAUCAUCCUGAACAUAUAAGCGACACAAUUGACGCUGCGUAUGUUUGUUGUUUGACAUGUCGUCAUGGAGGACACGCAAAUCAUAUCUUGCCAUGGUUCGAAGGGGGUUUAGAUGGUGGCAUACCUCAUUCCAAAUGUCCAGUAUCAGGAUGUGAAUGUGAAUGUGCGAGUAUAUGA